AUGCCUCCAACACUCAUACUAGUUCGUCACGCUCAGGCUCGCCAUAAUGCAGAAAAAAACUUUACAAUACCUGAUCCAGACUUGACUGAGGAAGGACAUGGGCAAUGUGUAGACCUACGAAAGAGUCUCAUAGAAAACUCACUAGCUCAGCAAGCCGAGCUCAUUGUGGUCUCUCCCUUGCGCAGGACGAUGCAGACAGCAUUACGAUCCAUCGACUGGCUUAUUGAGAAGGGUGUCAAGAUAGAAGCUGAUGCGGAUUGGCAAGAAAAUUCAAACCAUGGAUGCGACACCGGAAGUCCCAUCGAUAAGCUCGUAGAAGAGUUCCCUACGGUCGACUUCUCAAAGGUCGACCCGGUCUUCCCAGAUAAGACGUCGCCAGUAGGUAGUCGCUAUCACUUCACGAAAGCAGCUCUUUUGGCACGUGCUCAAGCAGCCCUGAAGAAGCUAUAUGAACGUCCGGAAAAGGUAAUCAUCGUCGUCUCUCAUUCAGCCUUCUUGCGACUCGCAGUCUCCGGCUAUUGGUACUUUAACGCCGACUAUCGUAUUUUCGACUUUGCGCCUGUGAACAAUCCGGAAGACACAUAUCGACUCGAGCAGCAUGAGUCUACCAGAGGGAAAGGCGGAGGGCUCGGCCGGAGCUGGAUCGACCCCAUAGUACUAGGUUCGGAGCUGCCGGGAGAAGAUCCGGAUGUUAAAGACAACGGAAGCGGGAACGGCCGGGGAUAUUGA